UAUUGAGUAAAGGGACGAUAAAACAACGAAAGCAACUUUCCUGUCUUUACCUUUGCUUUUUACCAAGGAAAAAAAAAGGAAAAUCUAGUUGGUCCCAAAAAACAAUAAACCGACCAAGCAUAUGUUAUUAUGUCUGAUUCUCUUAUUCUCUCCACGUCGGACUUACAUCAGAGACAACUACACUUCUGAUCGAAAAUCACUUAUCUCAAAUAAUCUGAUCAAGAUUCACUGUAGAAAUUUCCAGUUGAUAAUCAGUAGUCUCCUUCUUCACCAAUGUCUGAAGCAAAAUCACAACCACCGGCAACCUCCUCUUCAGAUAAAGAUGUAAAGGCGCCUAAUGUGUUUGAGAGAGUUAAAGAAGAGUUUGAGGCAGUACUGCAUAGUGAAAAACACUCACAUCACCAUCACAAAGAAACUCACGGUUUGCGCGAUGAUAUUGAUGAGAACACACCCGUUAACGAUGUGAAAGCACCUAACGUGUUUGAGAGAGCGAAGGAGGAAAUCGAGGCUAUUGUUCAAGCAAUACAUCCAAAAAAGGAAAAUCACAGUCAUGAUUCAACUUCAGACGGCGACAACAGGACUUACGGUACAACAGCUGAUUUGAAGACACAUGAUCCAGAUUCUCUUUCAGCGAACAAAGAAAAGAUGCCUAAUCAAAACGAGAGAGUCGAGGAAGAGAUAGGAGCAGAUCUGCACAGCGAAAAAUCUCCUCAUCGUCAUCACAAAGAAACUCAUGGAAGGAGUGAUGACAUUGAUGAUAAUACACCGAUUAGUGAAGUUAAAGGUCCAAAUAUAUUCGAACGAGCCAAGGAAGAAAUCGAGGCCCUAGUUCACUCAAUUCAUCCAAAGAAGAAAUAAUCUAGCAUUGCUACACAACGUAGUAAAACGGAUUGGUGAUCGAUGUUUAUCGGAAGAAGUUGACAAAGAUAUGCUCAUCUUAGGGUCACUGGGACAUUGAUCUUGCAAGUUUAGCCACUUUUUCCUGCUGCUUUUAAUCCUUUUACAAAAAAUUUACCUACUUUCCAUGCAAAAGAUUGAUUAUUGAACUUGCUUAUUUGGUGCCUUUCAUCUGGAAAAUAUAGGUGCUGAGAUGUUUGUGCAUGUAAAGUUAGUAUUUUUCAGUAUUCUUGUGAGACAAUUUGUUUCGGAUAUGUUGACACACACUGAUAUUUUAGCAGUAAAAAAGAUUAUUAUUCCUGUAUUA